CCUUUUCGGGGUCUUUGACGUGGCAUCAAUAAACAAAGAUGGCGGCUAAGUAGAAAGUUUUGCUGGAUUGUUACUAACUUUUGGCAUUUUAAGUUGACGGUUUCGCUAAAUAUUUAAUAGCUAACAAAUAUCUCGUGUCGCUAAAUUCCUAGGAUAUCAAUCUUAAAAUGGCUGGAUGGUCAGGGUUUUCAGAAGAGGAGCUACGAAAGUUGCAGCAGAAAGACCAGGCGGUGCCUGCGGCUUUAGGUCGUGGACGGAAACCAGCUCCUACUAACCGGAGUCGGCAGCAGUUGCAGCGAGAGAGAGCCCUCCAGUUAGCCGCUGAGCAAAAGAGUGGACCCGGCUCGCCUGUGCUACCACCCGAGCAGCAGCUAACCAAGCCUCUGCCGCAGCCCGAAGCCCCGCCGCAGGCUGUCAUUCAGCCCGUCGUUACCCCCACAAAGCCGGUGGAGGAACCCAGCCAAAAAGAGCCCCUUACCGUAAACCAUGCUCCUGCACCAGCGGAGGACACACCGCCGAUUGCCAAGGAGUUGGAAAAACAAGAGGUGGAAUUUCGGGAGAAGACCCGCAUAGAGCUGCUUCAGCAAGACCAAAAGAUGAUGGAAGAGAGGAAUAAGCGCAAGAAAGCCCUCCUGACCAAGACCAUUGCUGAGAAAUCCAAACAGACCCAGGCAGAGACAGUGAAGCUGAAGAGGAUCCAGAAAGAUUUGCAGACUCUGGACAAUAUGGUGUCCAACGACAUCUGCAUUCUGAGAGGUGUGAUAGAGCAGGCCAGCUGGGACUACAACACUGCAAGGAAGCGCUAUGAGAAGGCGGAGUCUGAGUAUGUAACGGCCAAGCUGGACCUCCACAAGAAGACGGAGAUAAAGGAGCAGCUGACGGAGCACCUGUGUGCCAUCAUCCAGCAGAACGAGCUCCGCAAGGCCCACAAGCUGGAGGAGCUGCUGCAGCAACUACACCUCCAGGCCACGGAGGAGGAACAGGAGGAGGAGAGGAAGAAGAGUGUCAUGGAGAACCAGGGAGAGGCACAUGUCCAGUCUCCCCCAGAUACAGGGUCCACACCAGGGGUAGAGACUGAGACACAGGCAGGCAGUGCCAUGCUCCAGCAGGACUACCCUGCAGUGACGGUGACCGAACCAAAGGGGAGCGAUCAGGACUGUAAAACGGCCAACAGCCCCCUAGCGGGGCAGAGUGCGGCUGAGGCCCCGGCUUCUGCUUCCUGAGACUCGGGGAGGGGAGGUGUCAGCCCUUACUUUCACUGUUCAAGGUAACAGACUCUUACUGACUCAAUGUCAGUCUGUCCGUUACCACAUAGCCUCAGUAUACUAACACUAAUAAUGUAUGUCCAAUACAUCAGAGGAUAUUUCCUCUCUUUGCAUAACAGUCCUGUGUACUGUAUUUAAAAAAAAAAAUAUUUCACCUUUAUUUAACCAGGUAAGCCAGUAUAUGUAUGAACAUUCUACCGUUAGGGGGAAAUUCAUUUAGAUUUGUACUGCCUGAGAACUAGCUCACUGAGUCUUCAUUGUGGAGCGAACAACAUUAGUGUUUUGUUACUGUUUGUCGAGGGUGGUUUGUCUGUGUGCUGGUGUCUAAAAUGCUUCAAGCUCUUCUUUUGCACAACAUUUACAUCAGAAGUGGAUGCUCUCUCUGUAUCAUGCCUAGCCAAGCAUAUGUAGAAUUGAAAGCAUAGCUGUUUUUAAAAUUGGCCUGCGUUGUCUUUAUGGUGCAGCUGAAAGGAGGUGGUUAACAGUAAACCCCUGAAUGUUCCUCUGUGCAGAUCCAGGCUACAGAUCAAUACAAGAUACUUGUGUUCACUAAAGCAGCACUGUGACAGAUCUAUUCUGACUGUAUGUUGUAGAUCAACAUAUUAUCUGGGAGGGUUUGCUAUCGAAGGGCUGGUAUUUCCCAAAACCCAACUCUGUCUGUCUCAGGCUUAUUAAAGACUUGCAGAUCUCCAGCAGGCUUCCUAAGGAAUGGUAAGGUGAUAUCUCAUAAUGUAUGUAUGCUCUGAGAGGAAACUGCUCAGCGGCAUGUUACUGCUUUACUGUUAUGGCUUUAGAAGAGCUUGUUUUCAGUGGCACUCUAUGGAACAAAUGUGUCUACAGCAAUAUAACAUGUAUCUGAUAUGAGUGUGCUGCAGCUGGUUUUGUGCGUAAAAACAAGCUUUAUGGCCCUGUGUGUGCCGGGGGGAACCAAAUUAUUAAUUGUGUGUUAAAAAAAAUAUAUAUAUUAUCCUUAACAUUAAUUCUAUGUGAAUUUGUUUAAAUCCAACAUAUCUGUUGUUUUGUAUUGAAAUGGGCUUAUUUAAAGUAGGUGGAUAUGUAAACAUGUAUUAUUUUACAAUAUGUGGUUAGUAUUUGGGUAUGUAUUUUAUUUUUAUAUAUAUAUAUUCUGAACCUGAAUGCAACUGCACAAAACCUGUUAAUUGUAACACUUCUAUGCUGUUCAUGUCAUCUUGGUUGGUUAAAUUAGUAUGAAUAAAGUAUUAUAAUUAAAUUAA